AUGAAUCUGGUCCUCGCGAUGUUUUUGGGACCUGGCGAUGAGCUGACAGCUCAUUCAGGUACAUGCACUCAGGGACUCGUUGAAGGAAUUGGUGAAGCUGUGGCGGUGACGCCAGAAGAAAGCGCCGAGACGGCCGGAGGUGCCGAAGGUGGAGACGCUAGGAAUUCGAGGACAGAUUCUAUAACCUCGGUCCCUCGGAGGAGCCGUGAAGGUCUUUGGAGGCGCACCGUGAGGAGGAUGUUCCCGUACGGUUCGUGCAUUUCUCAACAGUCGGCCCCGUCUCAAACCCAUGCAACAGCCCCCGGAGGAUCGUCGGCACCGCAAGCGAAGAAAGAAUGGAAGAUCAACAAAAACUCGCCCCAACUUGCCGUGAGCCUGCAUAGGGAUGAAACCACCGGGAUUCAGACCAUCAACAUCCUCGACAAAGGUGUCUCAGCCACGCAGUCCUUGUCAACGUCCACGACGACCUAUCCUGGUGGAUUGGUGAAGAAGAAAAAACGAGAAAAUGAGCAACAGCAUACGCAAAAGGUCAUCCAACGAUCAUUCGAAAAGUGGGAGAUCGAUCUCCUCGACGCGACGGCCACCAACAAUCGACGGAUCACCAGUCCGUUCCUGACACUGUUUCGGAAAAAAUCGUCACGUCCCGUUCUACAACCUUGGGCCCAUCUGAUGGCGAUCGUCGACAAUUCCUACGACGGGGUCGCAAGAUGCCUGUUAUCUACAGUGAACAGCUGGUCUUUUAACACGUUUACCCUAGACACAACGACCUGCGGCCACUCGCUGCCGUUCAUCAUGGUACACUUGCUUGCCCAAUACGAUUUGCUGCGCACGUUCAACAUUGAGCCGAUAAAGUUAUUCCGUUUCUUGAGCCUAGUCGAAGCAGGCUACCACGUGAGCAACCCUUACCACAAUUCGGUGCACGCUGCCGAUGUCACGCAAGCCAUGCACUGUUUUCUUCGUGAGAAAGCCAUACUUCAACAUCUCUCACCCAUCGAGAUCUUGUCCGCUCUCCUGGCGGCUGUCACUCACGACCUGGAUCACCCCGGAGUGAAUCAACAGUUCCUCAUUGAAACCAAGAACCACCUAGCCACGCUAUACAAUAAGAGUAGUGUUCUAGAGAACCACCAUUGGCGUUGUGCCAUUGCCUGUCUUCAGGAGUCUGGCUGUCUCAGCCAGCUCGACGAGGAAAGCUGGAAAAAGGUUCAUUCUGCCAUCAAGAGCCUAAUCUUAGCCACGGACAUCACUAGGCAGCAGGAGUUCAUACAAAGGUUCCAGCGCUACAUGGAGAGUGACUCAUUGGACAUGAAUGAUUACGACAUUCGGCAUUUUAUUCUCCAAAUUGCGCUCAAAUGUGCAGAUCUGUGCAACCCCUGCCGUCCUUGGGAUAUCAGCUUACAGUGGAGCAUUCAGGUGUGCAAGGAGUUCUACCGACAAGGAGACUACGAACGUCGCCUCCGGCUACCCAUCAGUGCGAUCUGCGACCGAUACAAGACGAGCAUUCCAAAGAUUCAAGUAGACUUCUCCAAAUACGUCGCACACCCGCUCUUCGUACUGUGGCACCAGUUUCUCAACACCGACCUCUCCCGUGAGCUGCUGCUUCAUCUCAAACUCAACUUCGCCCAGUGGGAGAAGCGACUUCAGAAAGCGACCAUGCGAGGUUCUCUGGAAACCGAUAUCAACGCCCCGCUGGCAUCGUCCGAGGAGGAUCUUUCUGAACUUGGCGAUGAUUGUCCCGACCACGACGAGGACUCCCUUUGCUCCUUGAACAAGACGUCGAUCGAUGUCUCGUUGUUAGAGGCUACUUCCUUCACUGCCGGAACGUGGGGCCGUCGACAUUCGAUGCCCCUACAGCUGUCGAAAUACUUGCCUAAACCCAUGAUCCUCCGACGUCGAAGGCAGAGUCUACCUAACAGAAACCCAUCACAUCGCUGGUCUGUUGUGGCCAGUCCACAGGGCAGAAGGGGUUCUGACUCUGCUCUCGGCCAAGCAGGUUUUUCCUCCACACCUUCCGGUGCAGAUAACGGAACCGGCGUUGAUGAUGAUAGACUACGGCCACAUCAGCGUCCCCACCAUCACGCAGCUGAUCCCAACAGGCGACGAUCGGAGAGUUUUCUGGACGAUGAAGACGAGCUCAACGCCGUCCUCCGGCGCAGCGAGGAAACUCCCAACCUUUUCCUAGACGUACCCUCAGAUCGAACACCUACAGAUGCCCGAGGAAACUCCUACAGCAGCGAUGCGAGCUCGUGCUGUAGUGACGGCGUACAUUGCGGUACGCCGCCACUCAACGACACCGACUCCAAUGACCGCCUAUGCCCGGACGGGAUGCAUUGUGACGAUGAUCUUGCCCCCACUGCCUGGUCGCACAGGCUUUCCGAAGUUGUUGAAGAACCAUCCUCACCGCCCGCGAACCGGAUGCUCAACCGACGCUCGUCUGCACCUAUCGUUUUGGCGCUUGUUUCUAGUUCAUCGAGUUCUUCGAAUUCCGCUGCUUCGUCGCGCCGUCAAAGUGGCGAUACUCGACGAGGUUCAUUGCCCGUCGACGUCCACCUUAUGGCGGCCCAACUGCUCAACAAGCAGGUUGCCCAGGUCGCUAUCCCAGAAGUUCCACUCGCGUCAACUCGGAGGGGAUCUUGUCCCGUAGGACUGUCUGCCAAAUACACGAGUGACUGACGUUACGAAACUUUUCUACUGUAGAGAC